UAGGCAGCACCCUAUAUAUCAGAUUUUAAUACAACUAUCAUUUUUUAUCACUACGUGUGUGUACAUAAAGUUACCGGUGAAUUAGCUCAGAUGUCAGACACCGGGGAGGAGUGGCAGGUUGCCCGGAGACGAAAAGGUGCAGCGCGAAAAUCAAAUACACUACAGCCGUGUGCAGCCGCAGCGGCAUGCUGUCAAGAGGAGCUGGAUGUUGGGAAAACUGUUAAACGGAUCAGAGAAACAGUGUCUGAACUGAGAUAUGAGGACUUUUUGAAGGACUGGAAAGAACAGCUGCUGGUGGCAGGAUCAGCAUCUCUCUCAGAGAAGAGGGACACUGAGCUCUCCAUUGACCAUGUGGAGAACGGCAGAGACAGCAGAACAUCUCAACAUCUAGAGUGUGUGUGUUAUGGCCUGGGCUCUUUUUCCUCCUGUGUCUCGGCUCGCUUCCAGCUGGCCAUGUUGCUGCUGCUGCUGGAUGCAGGGCAGAUUCCACUGAAGGAUUGCUCUGUUUAUGACCCUGCAUUCACCUCUGGAGAAAGGGAUGUUUUGAAAGAGCUGGGUCUGACUGUACUCACAGAAAAUGAGGAGGGGAAGCGGUCUGCGACUAAGCCCACACUCUUUUACCUAAUGCAUUGUGGGAAAGCUCUAUACAACAACCUCCUGUGGAAGAACUGGAGUACACAACAACUGCCUCUAAUGAUAAUAAUUGGAAACAGCUUCAACGGCAUGAAGGACAGGGCAAUUGAGAGAGAAUUCAAGCAGGACUACAGGUACAUUAGCCAGGCUGUGGAUGUGUGUGAGGAGAGCGUGCUGCCCUGUCCACCUCGUCUGAUUGACGUCUUCAGUGAUACAGCAGUCAUCACGUUUCCUUCUAGCAGCCUUAACAAACUACCUCAGUCCACCUGGACAGAGCCAUAUGAACCACAGUAUCAGCACUGCCCUGACUUGGAGAUCAUACAGAGGGAAGCAGUGAGCUGAGAAAGAACAUGAACAAGAUAUGGACAAAACUGUAGAGUUUAUUUUAUUUUAUCAUUGUCAUUGAUAUACUUUAUGCAAUUAAAAAAAUGCUUCAAUUUAUGGAUUGAAUGUUGCACAAUUGAACCACUUUCAUGAUAAGUUUGUCUCAAGGCUGCAUUGGGAUUGCCUGUGUCCA